AUGGAGAGGACAUUGUGUAGAGGAAGUGUGAACUGCUGUUACACGGUAGACACCAUGGAGAAGACAUUGUGUACAGGAAGUGUGAACUGCUGUUACACGGUAGACACCAUGGAGAGGACAUUGUGUACAGGAAGUGUGAACUGCUGUUACACGGUAGACACCAUGGAGAGGACAUUGUGUACAGGAAGUGUGAACUGCUGUUACACGGUAGACACCAUGGAGAGGACAUUGUGUACAGGAAGUGUGAACUGCUGUUACACGGUAGACACCAUGGAGAGGACAUUGUGUACAGGAAGUGUGAACUGCUGUUACACUGUAGACACCAUGGAGAGGACAUUGUGUAGAGGACAUCAUGGAGAGGACAUUGUGUACAUCAAGUGA